AUGGCCUGCGGUGCUAUCCACUGCGCCGGAAAAGCCAUUGCUGCCCCUGCCGACGGCUUCAGACACGGCCUCGACCAGCUGCGCUACAUUGAGAUGAACGGGGGCAUCAGCGGUCCUGGAGGUUCUCUUGAACCAUCCAUGGGUCUGGAACCCAACACCUGCGGCGAAGUUUACUGCUUCUACAGUACCAGCAUCCGCUGGUGUAACGAGGACAAAAAGCACUACAAGACCAUGUUGUACCAGCACAUACGCGAAGGAGCGCAGGACGUCUACCACAAGUGCUUGACGAAAUACAAGGGCAAGGAUGUGUCUGGCGGCGUCAUUGACCACAAUGACAAUUGGUCAGUUAUUGUGCAGGAGGAUGCGAGGUGCAAGCAUUAG